GCAGGACUUACUUCUCCCUCUGCUUCGCUGCAGCCGGGUGUCGCGGAAUAAAUAUUAGUGGAAAUUGCUCUGCCCAAUUAAUCCAGAGUGAGCUCUGGUGUGUCAUUAUGAAGCCCGGCCUUCCACUGUAGCAUGACAGCUCGGUAUUUUCACAAUUUGAAGAAAUGUCAAAGAAAAUUACCCCUCCCUUGAAUUCUGCAAUUAAAACUCAAGUAGUUAAUGAGACCUCUUCACCUUUUGGUUGCUCCGGGUAGAACGUUUGUGGCGAACUUAAGCUCUUUUUAAUUGCUGUUAUUAAAGAAAUCAGUCCUCCUUUUUUUUUCUGCCAGACUUCGCGCUGGUUUCCUGAUUGAUGCGUGAAACGGGUCUGUUGGUUGGCUUAACCUGCAGUUCUUUCUUUCUCUCUCUCUCUCUCUCUCUUUUUUAGAUUAUUAUUAUUUUUAUUAUUAUUAUUAUUAUUGCCGAAUCACAAAUUCUGAAACUCAAGAACAUAAAUGCACGGGCGAUAAGUGCCGGCUCAAGUGUUGUCUGUUUUUGUAAGUGAUGGCUAUCUUUCUCUCCUAAAUGUCAUUGUGGUUUUCUAUAAUCGCCGCGCGCGUUGUCAUGGUGAAAGGUGAAAGGCAUGAUAUUUAUGGGAAGGUGCGGGGGGCAUUUAAGGCUCACACGCCGACAUCCUCCUCUUGUCGCGCAGCUUCUCGUCAUGUGUGAGGACUGCAAGGGAGACGGGGAGCUGCCGGACAAGUGCGCCGAGGACAUGAUGGUAGGCUGGAAGACGCACUCCGAUUCAGGGGCGCGCCAGUGGAAGUUUUGGAUGAAGACACUUCAUCUCCGCCGGCGAUGGCCUCCGCGCCUCUGCUGGGCAGGAGCGUGUGCGCCAACUGCAACGAGGAGAUAGUGGACAAAUAUUUAUUGAAGGUUAACGACUUGUGCUGGCAUGUGCGCUGUCUCUCCUGCAGCGUGUGCCAGACCUCGCUUGGCAGCCACGCGAGCUGCUACAUCAAGGAGAAGGAGGUUUUCUGCAAACUGGAUUACUUCAGACGAUACGGCACCUGGUGCGCGUGCUGCGGCAGGAACAUCCACUCCACAGACUGGGUCCGCAGGGCCAAGGGCAACGUCUAUCACCUGGCCUGCUUCGCCUGCUUCUCCUGCAAGAGGCAGCUCUCCACCGGGGAGGAGUUCGCCCUGGUGGAGGGCAAAGUGCUCUGCAGGGUCCAUUACGACUGCAUGCUGGACAACCUCAAGAGGGCCGUGGAAAAAGGAAACAGUGUUAAUAUGGAGGGAGCCGUGCCAACGGAACAAGAAAUCAAUCAGCCGAAACCAUCCAAAAGAGCUCGAACCAGCUUCACAGCCGACCAGCUGCAGGUGAUGCAGGCUCAGUUCGCUCAGGACAACAACCCUGAUGCUCAAACUCUGCAGAAGCUGGCGGAGCAGACUGGCCUCAGUCGAAGAGUCAUACAGGUUUGGUUCCAGAACUGCCGAGCUCGCCACAAAAAGCACGUGAGCCCCAAUCACACCUCGAGCUCCCCCAUGGCCUCCCUGCAGAGCGGCCGCCUGUCCCAGCCCACCCCAACCCCUGAAGAGCUGCAGUACACAGCCUACGGUGGCCCAGAAGGCUCAAUGCUCUCAGCGCUGCACUCCUUCAUUGACAUACACUCUCCUCCCUCCAUGUUUCAGCCACUGCUGCCUGCCCACGCCAUGACCUCGUUGCCUGUGUCUCACGCCUAGCUGCUCUCUCUCUCUCUCACACACACACACGCCUACACCACACACAGCUUCAGACCUCACCAGCAUUUCUUCUCCAUAACCAGAUGCAGUAUUUUGAUGCUAAAGGUAAAUCUGAUUUGAUGUUCAUCACAUCAUUUAAACUUCAAGAAAUUCAUCCUUCCAUGUUGGUAUUAAAAAACAAAACACUGUUGAAGACCAUGACUUACAGUCCUCUGUGUACUGUAUAAUGUGGAAAUGCAAAGUUUUCAGUGUACCUCAUAGAGCUGUGACACAUGGCAGUAUAUUUGUUUAUAUUGUUGGUGACAAUGUCUGACUGUGCUACUCCAUGUGUAAGGCAAAAGGCUCUAAACUCCGUAUGAAGGUGAACCUGAAUUUGUUUUGUAUAAAUGUUGCAAUUUAAUUUAUUGUAUGUGAAGUUUCUGUUUCAAGAAUAAAGAACUAAUUUC